AUGGCGGCGAGGAGGAGGGCGCAUUCAAGCAGCCAUGGCGGCGUUGCUGCUGUGGGCUUAGCUGCCGUGUGUUCUUUUAUUUGCCGUCGUGAGGUGCAGGGGCGGGCGGCGCUGGGGGAGGCGCAGCGUGUGGGAGGGCGAUGGGGGACACGCCGCGGCGCGCAGCAGAGGCGGGCGAGGGAGGACCCCGCAGCUUUUAAGCUGUGCACGGCGUUGGCCGGCGCGAAGCUUCCCAUUGGGCUGCGUUUUUAUUCUUCUCCUUUUGGCAUCUUAGAUGUUUUGGGGAACGGCAGUGCCACACUGAGCUCCGCCGUUCUUUCCCUCGCUCGUUUCUUUCCGUUGCGCAGCUGCAGGCAGGCGCAACUGCGCGAACCCGGUGCGUCUGCACAUUGCGGCGGGUGUGUGCUUUCGUAG